GCUGGACUGGCCGGGCCGGCGCCGCAGGAGGAGGAGGAGGGGGCAGAAGAAGACGCGGGUGGCAGAGCGGGUGGCCGCCAGAAGAGCUGAGUUGCCCCCGGACGACGAGCCAGGGCCCCGCAGUGCCGAGAUUGAAUAUUAUGGAAAUAUUUAGACUAGAGAAGAUGAGCUAAAUGUGUUUCAACCAUGUAGACAGAUUUUCAAGCCCUGAAAAAUGUCAGUUGUAUAAUGAAAGUGUUAAAAGCUUGCAAGAAAUCAGACAUCAGGAGCUGUAGGUUCCCACGCUGCUAAAGAACAUGACUGAAAAACUAAAGGAUUGCUUGGGAGAAAUGGUAACAAUCAAGACAGAACCAUGUUCUCCGUGCCAGGAAGAAGAAUAUGGACAAUUUGGCUCUCAAAAGUUUGACACUCACUCUAUGGAUGUGGAGCCUAAAAAGCUAAAAGGAAAGCAGGAGUUGGUUAUGUCCAAAAGUUUUCAGCAGGUUGAUUUCUGGUUUUGUGAGUCGUGCCAGGAGUACUUUGUAGAUGAAUGUCCAAAUCAUGGCCCACCAAUGUUUGUGUCUGAUACUCCAGUACCCAUUGGCAUCCCUGAAAGAGCUGUGCUCACUAUCCCUCCUGGCAUGGAAGUGAUCAAAGAUCCCAAUGGGGAACGAGAUGUGCGCUGCGUAAAUGAUGUUAUCCCCAAAGGUCGCAUCUUUGGACCAUAUGAAGGGAAGCUGUCUAGUCAGGACAAGUCAGCAGGAUUUUUCUCUUGGCUGAUUGUUGAUAAGAACAACCACUAUAAAUCCAUAGAUGGAACAGAUGAGACUACAUCAAACUGGAUGAGGUAUGUGGCUAUAUCUCGAGAGGAGAGAGAGCAGAACCUAAUGGCAUUUCAGCACAGCGAGAGGAUUUAUUUUCGGACUUGUCGGGACAUCCGGCCAGGGGAGAGACUAAGGGUCUGGUAUAGUGAAGAUUACAUGAAGCGGCUGCACAGUAUGUCUCAGGAGACCAUCAACCGAAACCUCACAAGAGGGGACAGAAGAUUACUAAGAGAAAAGACAGAAAGAAUUCUAGAAAGCCAAGAAGAUGUGAUCUACCCUCUUGAGCUCACUACAUCAAAACCAGGGAAGAGUUCCUACAAACGUAGCUUUGAAGAAGGGAUAUCUCAACCCCAAACCAAGAAAAAGAAAAUAGACCUCAUCUUCAAAGAUGUCCUAGAAGCUUCUCUGGAAUCAACUAAGGUAGAAGAUCAUAAGUUCACCAAAAAUUCUACCCCUUCCACUCGAAAAUCCUUGAGAUUCCAAAUCCAAGAUAUUUCAGAAACAUGUGGGACUAAUGUUAAAGACAGUUCUCCUAAUCACAGUAGACACAAAAAUGAGGGUGAGUGGAAGGUCCCUCACAGUUCUCACUUUACCACAUCCAAAGAAAUUGGCUUGCUGGAAGAGGAAGGUGAAGAACCUUUGUCGUUUAAAGUGAACAGUCCCACUGUUGAUGAUGAUGCUCUCGAACUCCCAACAACUUCCUUGUGUCCCAACUGCAUACGGCUGAAAAGAAAGAUUCGGGAAUUGCAGGCUGAGCUAAAUCUGCUAAGAUCUGGCAAGUUAGCUGAGCCAUCUCUACUACCUCCUCAGGUACCUGAAUAUCAAGCAUUUUCAUAUCCCACUGCUUCAGAAAGCAUCAUGUCUGUUCCUACCAUAAUGGAAGAUGAUGAUCAGGAAGUAGAUUCAGCAGAUGAAUCGGUUUCAAAUGACAUAAUAACAGCCACCGAUGAGCCUUCCAAGAUGUCUGCUGUCACCAGAAGGAUCCGGCGCUUCAAGCAAGAGUGGCUAAAAAAGUUCUGGUUUCUGCGGUACUCUCCUACGUUGAAUGAAAUGUGGUGUCAUGUCUGUCGGCAAUAUACAGUGCAGUCUUCUCGAACUUCAGCCUUCAUCAUUGGCUCAAAGCAAUUCAAGAUCCACACUAUAAAACUUCAUAGCCAGAGCAAUCUCCACAAGAAGUGCCUGCAGCUCUACCGGCUCAGGAUGCACCCAGAGAAGACAGAAGAGAUGUGUCGAAAUAUGACUUUAUUGUUUAAUACAGCCUACCAUUUAGCGAUGGAAGGACGGCCAUAUUGUGACUUUAGACCUCUUGCAGAACUACUGAGAAAGUGCGAACUCAAAGUGGUGGAUCAAUAUAUGAAUGAGGGAGACUGUCAAAUCUUAAUCCAUCAUAUUGCUAGAGCUCUUAGAGAAGAUCUCAUUGAACGGGUGAGGCAGUCUCCUUUCCUCAGUAUCAUUUUAGAUGGGCAGAGUGAUGACUUACUUGCUGACACUGUUGCAGUUUAUGUACAGUACGUCAGCAGCGACGGACCACCUGCCACUGAAUUCCUUUCUCUCCAAGAACUGGGAUUUUCUACAACGGAUAGUUAUGUUCAAGCAUUAGAUCGGGCUUUUACAUCUCUGGGAAUGAGGCUGCAAGAUGAAAAGCCAAGUGUUGGUUUGGGGAUAGAUGGUGCUAACAUUACUGCCAGUCUAAGAGCAAACAUAUACAUGACAAUCAGGAAAACUCUGCCUUGGUUGCUCUGCUUACCUCUAAUGGUACACAAGCCACACUUGGAAAUAUUGGAUGCAAUUAGUGGAAAAGAACUACCCUGCCUUGAGGAACUAGAGAACAACCUGAAGCAGUUACUCAGCUUUUACCGUUACUCUCCUAGGCUGAUGUGUGAGCUAAGGGUCACUGCUGCUACUCUCUGUGAAGAGACUGAGUUCUUGGGAGAUAUUCGAGCAAUCAAAUGGAUCAUUGGGGAACAAAAUGUCCUCAAUGCUCUCAUUAAGGACUACCUGGAAGUAGUGGCCCAUCUGAAAGAUGUCAGUGGCCAAACACAAAGAGCAGAUGCUUCUGCUAUUGCCUUGGCUCUCCUGCAAUUUCUUAUGGACUAUCAAUCCAUUAAGUUGAUAUAUUUUUUGCUUGAUGUCAUUGCAGUCCUUUCACGACUUGCCUUCAUUUUCCAAGGUGAAUACCUCCUUAUAUCCCAAGUAGAUGAUAAAAUAGAGGAGGCCAUCCAAGAAAUUAGCAGACUGGCGGACUCUCCAGGGGAAUACCUACAGGAAUUUGAGGAGAACUUCCGUGAAAGCUUUAAUGGUGUUGCUGUGAAAAACCUACGGGUGGCUGAAGCCAAAUUCCAGUCAAUUCGAGAAAAAAUAUGCCAGAAGACCCAAGUGAUUCUGGCACAAAGAUUUGAACCUCGCAGUCGAGCCUUUGUGAAAGCAUGCCAGGUUUUUGAUCUUGCAGCUUGGCCCCGAAGUGCAGAAGAACUUAUGAGCUAUGGAAGGGAAGACAUGAUGCAAAUAUUUGAACAUCUGGAGGCAGUGCCAUCUUUUUGCACAGAAAUCAGCAGAGAAGGCAUAGACACCAGAGGGAGUUUGCUCAUGGAAUGGCGAGAACUCAAGGUGGAUUAUUAUACCAAAAAUGGCUUUAAAGAUUUAAUCAGUCAUAUUUGUAAAUACAGACAGAGAUUUCCUCUUUUAAAUAAAAUAAUCCAGAUCCUCAAAGUCCUUCCCACUUCCACAGCAUGCUGCGAAAAGGGAAGAAAUGCUCUUCAAAGAGUGCGCAAAAACAAUCGUUCCCGACUUACUCUGGAACAACUCAGCGAUCUUUUGACAAUUGCUGUAAAUGGACCACCUAUUGCCAACUUCGAAGCCAAACGGGCACUAGACAGUUGGUUUGAGGAGAAAUCUAGCAAUAGUUAUGCACUGUCUGCAGAAAUGUUAAGCAGGAUGUCCACCCUGGAUCAGAAACCUGUGCUGCAAAGCAUGGACCACGGAUCAGAAUUUUAUCCUGAUAUUUAGCAAUGAAUGCCUCUUGUUUAGAGAACUGGUGAUUUUUUUUAAUCAAUACUCUAAGCUUUGGUAUAGUACACAUACACUCACACACAGAGACACACACACACACACACACACACACACAGAUGCACAUGUAUGAUGUAAACUCACACUGAAAAUGUAAGCUGAUCUGAUGGAAGCUAAGAGGAAUACAGCAACAUUUACUAUGUACUGACAUCUUCAACUGUGGCAGCUGCAAUGUAGGUGGCAACCUUUCAUUUUUCAGAAACACAUACUGGGGCCAUAGUCUGCAUUAUCAACCUGACUCAAUUUAUAAGCUAGACAUGGCAGGCCAAUGUCAUGCUACGUCUCUAUGCUUUUUAUGUGUAUGUCUGUUUUUUUACCUCUGGUAUUUUAGUUAUAGUCAGCUAUUGAGCCAUUUUAGCCCUUUGCUUAUCAUCAUUGGGAUUUCUGAGCCCUGUGCACACACAUCUUGGAAUUUGCUUCUAGCUUCUCAAUAUAGGUUACAUUGGAUCCCACUGGUAAUCUGGUUAAUUUCCAUGCUAUUGUCACUUAGCCUGAAUAAUUUUUCUUAGCAUGACACAUCAAUGGGCAAUUCCGGUGUUAGGCAAAUGUCCUGUGAAAACUCUACUAACAAGUUCAUACGUAUAUCUUCUUACAAUAUUGAUAGCAUGCUCCUGUGAAAAUAGCAUAAUUCAGAUUAGGGAAAUUGGGGGUGGGUUGUUUUUGCAUUUAUAUUUUUAUAUAGUGGGAAUAAGGAAAUUAAUUAAAACUCUUUACUGAAAACCCAGGCUGCUGUGGAAGCUAGAUAGCCAAUGAGUCAAAUCCUUUAAGAGGAUAUAGACUCCAGGGCUUAAAAAUACACAUAUGCUAAUUUUAUGUUAUUUAUACUUGGUCUUUAUAAUCAUAAAUUGAUUGUGUUUUAUGUUUGUUUGUUUUUAAUAAGUGAAAGAAAUACCUGCUGUCUUUGUGUGGCAGGAUAUAUCAAUGCAAAAUUCAUCUUUAUUGCUUAACACUUUUCAAGGUCCUUUUCCUGGUUCACAUAUCCUUCUUUUACUAACAUUUAAAGUUCCAUUGUGUGGCUAAAAGAAAAACAGGGUAUUGUGCAUAUACCUGUGAGCUUCUUUCAAAGAGUGCAUAGUCUAAUAGAUAUGUGGACUAUGAGAUUUGGAGCUAAACUAAUACAUGCAUUCUGAAGAACUUUUUUUAGCUUAAUAAAUAAGGAUUGUUUAGGAUAAACAAGCCUAAAUAAACAGAGAGCCUCCUCACCUGUUUGUGCCAUACCCUUCUGAUAUAUCCUAAAACAGUUUUGGGAAGUUUUGGCUGCAUUAGAGGAUCACAGGAAUAAAAAAUACAAUUUUGGCUGCAGGAUCUACUACGGUAGCAUGUUUCCAGAGGGACUAAACUCAUGCCAGUUUCCUUUUUUUUUCUUUUUGAAUACAGUAAAAUGAUGUCAGUUACACUGAACUAUCCAUUUUCCUUCCCUCCAGUCCAUUCCCAUUUUCUCCUUCUUCUUCCGGUUAGUCUUGGUGCUAAAUUUCUCUGGAACCAUUGCUGCUAGUAGGUAGUUUUUCAUUUAUAUAACAAUAUAUUGCGUUAUUUUUAAACAAUAUGUUUUCAGUGAUAAUGUAGCAUGUGGUUAAAACAGUCUCUCUCAGGACAUAUCUACACCGGCAUCUUUUUCAGUAUCGUUUUUGUGUGUUCGAUUUUAAUUUGUCUUUUGAUACUCAUUGUUCCAGUAAUCAUCCUGGCUUAAUUUUUAUGUUAUCGUUAUUUGCAAGAUUUUAAGCUUUUUUUUUAAAAAAAAUGUAGACAUAGAGUAUAAAAGAAAUGGGCAUCAUGCCUCCACACCACCUCCUAGGAUUGGCUAAUCAGAUGGAACUUUCAGAAAAACUUGUCCAGGCCAUCCCUGGGCAGAAAGGGAAAAUAUCUGAUUUAUAAUUUAUAAUAAUACAGAAGAUUAGCAUAAGAAGACUUUUUUAAAAAAAUAAAUAAGGAGAGAAAAG